ACCUUGUCCUGUCUUCAGCUCAGGCUUCCUUUCCUUCAACCUUCUGCCAAACCCACCUGACAAAUCUACUUCGUUUCGCCCCUGCAAUCCACCCCCGACGAACCUCAUGCGACCCGACUACACUCCCCUGUUUUAAAUAACUGAGCACGCACGAGAUAGAUCGGGACAUCAUCACUCGUUGCCAGUGCUUUUCGGGAUCUGGUCAUCCUAUCGCCAAAGCAGCCAUCUACCCAUCUGUGCACGCUCUGACCGACAAGCCAACAUCCGACAGCAUGUCUACAGCCGCCAGGCGUCGCUUGAUGCGCGAUUUCAAGCGAAUGCAAACAGAUCCUCCUGCCGGCGUUUCCGCCUCGCCAGUACCCGAUAACGUCAUGACAUGGAAUGCUGUGAUCAUUGGUCCCGCCGACACGCCAUUCGAAGACGGCACGUUCAGACUGGUGAUGCAGUUUGAAGAGCAAUACCCAAACAAGCCACCUGCCGUCAAGUUCAUCAGCCAGAUGUUCCACCCCAACGUCUACGCUACAGGUGAACUCUGUCUGGAUAUUCUGCAGAACCGUUGGAGCCCGACAUACGACGUGGCAGCUGUUCUCACCAGCAUCCAGAGUCUACUGAACGACCCCAACACGGGAUCACCAGCAAACGUCGAAGCCUCGAACCUGUAUAAGGACAACCGAAAGGAGUACACGAAGCGGGUGCGGGAGACGGUGGAAAAGAGCUGGGAGGACUAGCCGUGCUCGGCGCUGGACAACAUGCAGCGAGCCAUCUUCAAAUACCCUCGUCGAGUAUGUGCUUGCCUGUGACAGCCGGCAGUGUGCGAGACGAAACAGAAACAUGACGGGUAAGUGGCUAAAGUAACCACUACUCCAUCGAGCGCCGGGUUCUUUGUUUUUGCCAUCAGGGUUGUCGGUCACUGGUUAUUGGCGUCUGGAUUGCUUGGGUCUAUGCUUUGUUACCAUUCGGCGGCGUGGAAAGGGAUACGAUACGAUCGACUACCUAUGUACCUAGGGCGGGCAAGAUAGCUACAAGAGAUGAGAUACGAGUGGCAUC